AUGGAGUGGCUCAUAGCUAAUGGGGGAAUUGAAAGUGUUCCUCUGUAUAAUUGCAGCGCUCUAACAUCAGCUGAAUGGUCUCUUCAGCACGGAGUAAAAAAACCUAUUUGGGGCUCUCUCGACCUCGCUUACGGUAUCAUCAUUGAGAUAUUAUACAUCCCUUGCCUGAUUGUGAUCGCUUCUAAAGAAUAUUUUGCUCAUUCUUGCUUCAAAAUCAUGUUUUUCCUUGGCAUAGUUGACAUGGCUGCAAUCGGUGUCAACUCGAUCAUAACUGGAUGGCUACUGGUAGAAGGAGCUGUAUUCUGUACGUAUCCAAAUUUCAUAUUCAUAUCCGGAAGCUUUGGAUUGGGUCUAUGGUGUACUGCUUGUCUGAUCUGUCUUCUACUCGUCGUAAACCGCCUGAUGGACAUGCUGGAAUACUCAAAAACCUAUUCCGACUACAUUUUCCAUGGUUGGAGGACUUACUUCAUCUUGCUGCUAUGUUUUAUCUACGGAGGCUACUUUUUCUUCUUCACUCCACCCGUCGUGUUCGCAUCUAAAUAUGUGGCAUGGUUCUUCGAUCCUUUCAUCUUCCCCGACAGAAGUUUGGAAUAUCAAAAUCCUCUGCAUUCUGCCAAUAAUCUCUUCCUAGUAGGAUUCACUUGUGUAUUGUAUGGUGUUUUCUGUGUGGCAGUAGGACGACGUCUUCGACAAACCUUUACGGAAUCAACGGGACAACGUAAACUUCACAAUCAAAUUUUUAUUCAAUCAACACUAAUCUGUCUGGUCAACUUCUUUGCUUCUGUCAUAUACGUUGUCAUGCAGUUUAUCCCUGUCCCUGACUUCUUCAUAGCUCUUGGUCAUAUGGGUUGGCAGUUUGGUCAUGGUUGUCCAGCCGUUAUAUAUCUCGUGAUGAACCGAACAAUUCGUAAUGGAGUUCUGCGUUUGCUCCGCUUGAAGGCAGCGAAAAGCCGCAGAAUCACUGGCACAGGUGGAUCACACGGCCAUCACUCCGAUACUACAAAGCCACUUUGA